GGGUUAUUCAAACUGCUGUCAGCACGGAGUAAGGACCGCGAGGGAGCUCUCUACACAUACUGCAGUGUGAAAGAAACAUUUUGAAAGGAUGUCAGAAAAACAAAGGUUGCUGGACUGUGUGGAUUCUUUGUAUGAUUUAGAGAAAUGGGCUGCAGACAAUGGAUUGAUACAUGAUGCAGAUGUGAAUUUAAAACGUAUUGAACUGCUUGCAAAUAACAUUAGCCAUAGGGAAAAUGUGACACCCUCUCAAGCACAGCACACUUGUCAUACAUGCGCUAAGACAUUCACACAGAAAAGAAAUCUUCUCCGCCAUGUUAGGACAGUGCACAACAACGAGAGAUAUAACUGUGAGCAAUGUGGAAAAUGUUAUUCCCGCCUGGACGCACUUCAAAGUCACAAAUGUGAAACUACUAUUAAGAGGAAGGGAAGUGAAACAGCAGCAGAACCGCCGGCAAAACGUUCCUGUCUACAUCCACUGAACACGGAUUCUAAUGUACCAGCCAGAUUUCAUACGUGUAAUUUUUGUGGAAAGUACAAAUGUUUGCUACCCGGGAAAUUGUUCUGCGAAUACUGUGCUCAUCGGGGAAGGGAAUGCAUGAAUUGUCACCGUCCUCUCCCUGAGCGCUUCUACAGUGAGCGUGUGAACCAGUGCGACAGCUGUGUGAGGAGACGCCAACGUUAUGAAGCAAGGCAGGUAAACCAGACUGGAGGAGGUCAGACUGGAAGGGUCGCUGAGGACAACAACAAUUACCCCCAGUGAAACAAACAAUGUUGACAUUCUACAGUUUUGGGCUGAUGAACAGUUCAACAUACAGACAAUUUUGCAUGAUUUUAUGACAAAGAAGAAAGGUAUGAAAUGGUUUCUUACAUUAAGACUGAAAUUCAUUAAAUAUGAUGAGAAUAAUGAAAGCAUGUUGGCCGAACCCGUUUUAAGAACCACAAACUAUUGGGUAACUAAUUCAUCUGAAAUAGACGAGCAGUUAGCUGAAGCGUUUCAGAAGUUGUAUACCUCAUCUCAAGAGUUUCAGGCUGAGGGGAGCGGGUGGAUGUUGGAUGGUAUCAUUCAUCUUGAGGUGAAUACAGCUGAAUAUGUUCCUCUGUCAGCAAGCUCAUACAUUCCUCUCCCCAAGUAUGUGGCAGAAAAGAAAGCUGUUUUGAAUAUUAAAAAUAAUGACCAAAAAUGUUUUAUAUGGUCCGUAUUGGCAGGUCUGCAUCCUUUAGAUAGAAAGCAACAUCCCGAGAGGGUUUGUAAAUAUCUUCCAUUUCUAUCUGAGUUGAAUCUUCAAGGCAUUGAUUUCCCCAUACAUCUGUCCCAAAUUCCGCAAUUUGAGAAACAAAAUCAAAUCUCAGUGAAUGUCUUUGGAUAUGAAGAGAAGAUGUUUCCUCUCCAUAUUAGCAAACAAAAGUGUGACAAAACAGUAUAUGUAUUGCUACUCUCUCAUGGAGAGAAGAGACAUUUUUGCUUGAUUCGAAAUUUUAGUCGCCUUAUGGGGGACAGAACCAAGCAUGAACACAACCAGUUUUACUGCAGGCGUUGUCUACAUGGGUUUUGCAGACAGGAUUUGUUAGGGGAUCAUUCCAUUUAUUGUUCUGAGCACAGUCCGCAGAAGAUCCGAUUACCAAAUGAAUAUAACAAAUGGAUUCAAUUUGAUUCUAUACAGAAACAGCUAAAAGUACCCUUUGUCAUUUAUGCUGACUUUGAGGCACUGACCAGAAAAGUCAGUGAGGGUAACAAAACAGGAAAUACCACCCUCUAUCAACAGCAUGAACCUUCUGGUUAUUGCUAUAAAGUUGUCUGCUCAAAUCCCGAAUUUACAAAACCAUCAGUAGUGUACCGGGGACCUGAUGUCAUUUCUCAUUUUAUUGACGCUUUAUUACAAGAAGAGAAAGUCAUCAAUGAAAAACUAAAAACGUCAUAUCCUAUUGAUAUGACAAAAGAAGCAGAAUUGAACUUUCAAAUGGCAGAUACCUGCCAUGUUUGUCAAGAACCUUUCGAUUCAGAAUCUGUCAAGGUGCACGACCACGAUCACAUGGUAGAAAGAAAUAAUUAUCGUGGUGCUGCACAUAAGGAUUGCAAUCUCCAACUGAAAUUCAAAAAGAGUAAGAAAGAGAAAAGGGGAAAGAAAGGGGAUCAGGGUAGAAACAAAGCAGGUAAUAAAGAGAGAAAGGGACCAGAUUGUGUCAUACCCAUAAUUUUUCACAAUCUACGGGGUUACGAUUCACACCACCUCAUUAAACAUCUAGACAAAUCAGUGAACCAACAGCUUAGCUGCUUAGCUAACAACAUGGAGAAAUACAUUUCCUUCUCCAUUGGAAAUUUAAGGUUCAUUGAUUCUCUCCAGUUUCUUUCAGCUCCCUUAGAUACUUUAGUUACAAAUCUGGUGAAGAAAGACCCAUCCCAGUUCUGUCAUUUAAGAAAGGAAUUUCCAAUCCCAUCUCAGGCAGAGCUGUUAUUGAGAAAGGGGGUCUAUCCCUAUGACUUCAUGGAUGAUGAAUGCAAAUUUAAACUGACUCAACUCCCUAAACAGGCAGAUUUUUUCAGUAAGUUAACUGGAAAUUCUCUCACUGAUGGAGAUUAUGCACAUGCACAAAAUGUGUGGUCUUUCUUUGAAUUACAAAACAUGGGGGAAUAUCACGACCUGUAUGUGAAAACAGACGUAUUGCUUUUAGCAGAUAUCUUUGAACGUUUUAGAGCAAUGGCACUCCAGUACUAUCAUUUAGACCCAGCUCAUUACUACACUCUCCCUGGCAUGGGAUGGGAUGCCAUGUUGAAAAUGGGAAAGGUUGAGCUUGAGCGUUUGACUGAUAUUGACCAAAUUCUCAUGAUAGAAUCAGGAAUGAGGGGUGGUAUUAGCAUGAUAUCGAAGAAACACAGCCUUUCAAACCUUCCAGGGCAAGAUGGUUAUCAUUCAGAUAAACCGAACAAACAUUUGAUAUACUGGGAUGCGAACAAUCUCUAUGGGUGGGCAAUGUCUCAAGCCCUACCUGAGCGAAAUUUUGAGUGGGUUGAGGAUGUUGAUGAGUUAGAUAUUAUGGGUGUGACCCCUGAUGCUGACAUUGGAUAUAUUUUAGAGGUGGAUUUAGAAUAUCCCACAUAUCUGCUUGAUGCCCACAGUGACUAUCCCCUUGCUCCUGAGUCUAUGAUAGUAACCAAGGACAUGCUUUCAUCACACUCUGAGAAAUUGAAAGAGAAACUGGUAAUCAAGGGAAAACCAAGUGGAAAGCUUGUCCCUAAUUUGUUCAACAAACAGAAAUAUGUCUUACAUUAUAGAAAUUUGCAGUUUUAUCUGAGUCAGGGAUUGAUUCUCACAAAGAUUCAUAGAGCCAUUCAGUUCAGACAGACGCCAUGGCUUAAACCAUUUAUUCAAUACAGAGAAACGUAG